UUAGAAGCAGCUUCAAACUUUCGUGAUGGUCAGGCUUGCACUGAUAAGGAAAAUGCAUGGCUGCCUCCAUACUCAAGUACUGUGCCUUGUGCGCCACUUGCACACAUCGACUUUGCGUCAGCUACCACCAAGAAAAGGCGGCUAGAUGGACAUCGAUCAUCAUCCUCAAAGAAACCAGCCACCACUAUUGAGAGGCCUUCACAGUGCGAAUGGAAGGGCUUUCUCGACAGAAUUAAGAAGGCUGGCAAAUAUUCUGCAGUGUUGGCACUGAAAAAGGACUAUUGCGAGGAGUUCAUUCCUGUGCAAGUGAAGCACUCCACUGCUCUUCUCGGACACUUGGCAAGAGACAAGCCAUUGUCAAGGGAUGCGAUGCUGGAGGAGUGCGAAAUGUUUGCCCAGGCGUAUGUUGUAGAGCCAAAGGUCUGUAAAGAUGUGGAAGCGGCAACGAGAGGUCAGUCGGCCUCACCAACAUGGUUCGCCUUCAGAGCAGGCCGGGUCACAGCAUCGACAGCCCACGCAGCUUGCCGAACGACCUUGACUCAGCCAUCUGUGAGCCUGGUUAAGAAGAUCUGCUACCCGGAGGAGAGCAAGUUUUCUUCUCCUGCAACUAAUUGGGGUCUGCGCAAGGAGGACAUUGCCAGGAACCAAUACGUUGCUGAAGCAUCCAGCCAGCACAAAGAGUUUGUUUGCAACAAGUCUGGAUUGCAUAUUAGUUCACAUGAGCCCCACAUGGCAGCAAGCCCAGAUGGCCUGAUUUCUUGUGCCUGCUGCCAAGAUGGCGUUUUAGAAAUUAAGUGCCCAUAUUCAGCUGCUUGUGUAAAGGACGUUGUGACCCAGAAAAGUGGCUGCUUAGAAGUUGCUGCUAGUGAUAAUACACUAAAGCUGAAACGACAACAUGCUUACUACACGCAAAUACAAAUGCAGCUUUUUGUUUGCCAGCGCAGCUAUUGCGACUUUUUGUGUGGACACCAGCAGAUAGCCAUCUUGAAAGAAUCUUCCUGGAUGCCGAAUUUUGUCAAGGGGUCGUGAACAGGAGUAGGGAUUUUUUCAAGAUAGUCCUGUUGCCAGAGUUGUUAUUUAAGACCUGGACAACAUCUUCAGAGAACAAAAAUGGGCCUGAAGACUCUUCUGAUGACGGAGCACUGCAUUUCUGUUAUUGCGGUGGUCCAGAGUCUGGAGACAUGGUAGAAUGCAGUGGCCCAGACUGUGAGGGUAAAUGGUUUCACUUUCAGUGUGCCAACUUGAAGCGCCCUCCGAAAGCGAAGGCUUGGUUCUGCAAGGGUUGCAAACCCCGAAAGUGAUAAAUAUGCAUAUUUGUAGUCCUGUUAUAGGUAAUGUAAGUGCACACAUGAAAGGACCUAGUGAACUUGUUCUGUGAAAUUAGCCUUACAAAAUAUUGCUGCAUACAAGGGGAAACUGAACAGAGUCAUCAAACUGUUCACCUUAUCACUGAAUUUUACAUAGCGAAGUACAUUAUGAAGGAGCAGUCUAAUAAAUGUGGAAUCUUUGGAUGACA